AUGUGGAACUCUCCCAAGGUGGGAAUUCUUGGCGGCGGCCAGCUGGGCCGCAUGCUCGUCGAGUCUUGCAACAGGUUGAACAUCCAGGCCAACGUCCUGGAUGCUGAGAACUCCCCAGCCAAGCAGAUCAGCUUCCACGAUGGCCAUGUGACAGGAUCAUUCAAGGAACGUGAAGCCGUUCGCCAAUUGGCCAAAUCUUGCGACGUUAUGACCGCCGAAAUCGAGCACGUCGAUACCUACGCCCUCGAGGAAGUCGCCUCUGAGGUCCGAGUCGAGCCUAGCUGGCAAGCAAUUCGCACAAUCCAGAACAAGUUCAACCAGAAAGAGCAUCUUCGCAAAUACGGCAUCCCCAUGGCGGACCACCGUGAGUUGGUCGAGAAUACCCCGGAGGAGUUGGCUCGGGUUGGAGAGCAGUUAGGCUAUCCGAUGAUGUUGAAAUCGAAGACAAUGGCAUACGAUGGACGUGGUAACUUCCGCGUGAACUCCAAGGCCGAUAUCCCCGAGGCUCUCGAGACUCUCAAGGACCGGCCCUUGUACGCAGAGAAGUGGGCUUACUUCAAAAUGGAAUUGGCUGUCAUGGUCAUCAAGACCAAGGACGAGGUAUUGUCAUACCCCACCGUGGAGACGGUGCAGGAGGACUCAAUAUGCAAAUUGGUCUACGCACCAGCUCGCAACGUACCCGAAGCCAUCAACAAGGAGGCACAGGCUCUUGCAAGGAAGGCCGUUUCUGCCUUCGAGGGCAAGGGUGCCUUCGGCGUAGAGAUGUUCCUUCUUGAAGACAACAGCCUCAUGCUGUGCGAGCUUGCUAGCCGCAUUCACAACUCAGGUCACUACACCAUUGAGGGCUGUGCUCUGUCACAGUUUGACAGCCACAUUCGCGCCAUCAUGGACCUCCCCAUCCCCGCCAAGAGUCUUGAAAUUCGUCAACCCUCUGUCAUGCUCAACAUCAUCGGUGGUGCUACCCCGGACUCGCACCUGAAGGCGGCCGAGCAUGCUCUCUCGAUCCCUAAUGCCAGCAUCCAUCUUUAUAGCAAGGGAGCCGCCAAGCCUGGCCGGAAAAUGGGACACAUCACAGUAACUGCCGCUACCAUGCACGAGGCCGAGAGCAUGAUUCAGCCUCUGGUCGACGUUGUGGAUGAGAUGCGGGCUCAGCGUACUGAUAUCAAGACCAAGGCACAAAAGUCAGGUCCUUCGAAGCCCGCGCCCCAAGUUGCAGUUGUUAUGGGCUCCGACAGUGACCUUAAGACACUUGUGCCCGGUCUGAAGCUGCUGCAAAACUACUUUGGUAUCGAACCCGCUGUCGAGAUUACUUCUGCUCACCGUACCCCGGAUUACAUGGCGGAAUACUCGGCUGAGGCCGCGUCGCGCGGGAUCAAGGUCAUCAUCGCCGCUGCCGGUGGCGCCGCUCAUCUUCCUGGCAUGGCUGCCGCUCACACUGCUCUUCCAGUCAUUGGAGUUCCCGUCAAGGGAAGCUCUCUGGAUGGCGUCGACAGCCUCUACAGCAUUGUCCAGAUGCCUCGUGGUGUUCCCGUGGCAACCGUGGGAAUCAAUAACAGCAUCAAUGCGGCGCUUCUGGCAGCCCGCAUCCUGGGCUCCUUCGACCCGGCCAUCCAGCGCAAGGUCGAGGCCUAUGCCGAAGAGGCACGCGCUGAGAACAUGGAGAAGAAGGGCACCAAAAUGCGCGAGUUGGGCUGGGAGAAGUACUUUGAGCAGAUGUAG